AUGGGACUUAAGAGCUUGUGGAAGCGGGUGAAUACAUCAUCGUCACCUAAUUCUCCUCAGCAAUCCACAGGUAUGUUCAUUCUAGACGGCAAAGAUGAGAGGCUUGGAACUCAGAUUUAUGGCAGAAGCCCGAUUCACGAAGCAAGAAAGAUCGAAUCAAGAGAACCGCAGCAAACAAAACUUUCUAAAUCUCAGAGACUCUGGAACACUGCUUACGAUAGUCUCGAGGAGGAUGAAGACACCGCAGGGCUUGUCACGUCUUAUGUGAAAACCUUGACCACGGUUCUUGAAGCCAGGCCUGACAUUGUUUCUGGCGCCGGCGCUCCAGCCAAUCUGAAAGACCCGACCAUGAGACAAAUGUUUAUGAAGAAACUGGUGGAAGGGGGCCUAGCCAAAAUUUCAACGCCUUCGAAGCUUACGAAAGGCAUGGGCGACGUUGCCCAGUUCAUCAUCUCAGCCAAAGGGUCAAUCGACGCAGCUAUCCAAAACAUACCGCAGGCUGCGCUACCAUGGGCUGGUGUUUGUAUUGGACUGCAGAUUCUUCUGAAUCCCGCAAAAGCGACAAAAUCCAAUCUUUCUGGCAUCGUACACGUCGUCUCUAGAAUGGAUUGGUAUUGUGCUCUCACAGAACAUCUUCUAAAUAAAGAUUGCGUCAACGAGUCUCUUGAAAUGAUUCUGCCCCAGUUAGAGGCAAAGGUCCUCGCGCUCUACAAGGCCCUUCUGCUGUAUCAGAUGAAAAGCGUAUGCUCCUACUACCGGCAGCAGGGCCUUGUCUUCCUCCGCAACCUUGUGAGUUGGGAUGAUUGGAAUGGCGAGCUGAAGACCGUUGAAGAUGCGGAAGCUACUCUUCAGAAGGAUUCAGAUCAGUAUAACAAGUUCCAUGCGAAAAGCGCCCUAGCGCAACUUGUCGAGCGUGCCAAGGGCAUGGAAGAAUUGCUUGGAGACAUACAUCAGACUCUUCGAGAAUUUUUAACCUUGCAAAAGGAACUGCGGCUUGAUGAAAUUGACAGAAAAUGCCGCUGGGAUCUUCGAGUUGUUGAUCCGAGAGACGAUAUGAAGAAAAUCGAGAACAAGAAAGACACUCUACUCCCUGAAGCAUACGAAUGGGUACUUGGCACAGAGCACUCAUGCCAACUGUUGUGGAUAAAGGGACAUGCCGGCACGGGAAAGACGAUGCUCUUGAUGGGCAUCAUUCGCAGCCUUGAGAAACAGCAAGAUUUCCGUGCCCCUGGCAUCUCGUGCUUCUUCUGCCAAGGAACAGAUGUAACUUUGAACAGUGCAACCGCCGCUCUAAGGUCUUUGGUCUGGAUGCUCGUGGUUGAGCAGCCGAAUCUCAUGUCGCAUCUGCGCAAGAAGUACACAGACUCUGGCACAGCUCUUUUCCAAGACUCAAACGCCUUUUUUGCACUCUCUGAAGCAUUUUUGAGCAUGCUAGACGAUCCCGAACUGUCUCCUGUCCUUUUUGUGGUCGAUGCCCUUGAUGAGUGCAACAGGGAAAAGCCGGGGUUGAAUGAAUUACUUGACCUCAUUUCAAAAUCCAUCAAACGCUCUGACAAGGUGAAGCUCAAGAACUUGACUGUGAGUUCACCUAAUAAUUCGGAGAACCUAGUUGAAUUAGAUGCGCAGCGUCUGGCCCGCCCCGUGGAUGCAUACAUCGACCACAAGCUCACGGCCCUGAGGGGUAGAGAUGGGUACGACGCGAGCAUUUUAGCUGAGAUCUCAAAUGAGGUCCGUCAACGAGCUAUGAACACAUUUCUUUGGGUAUCACUUGCAUUUCAGCAUAUCGAAGACAUCCAUGGAGAGUAUGCUGUCCAGGACAUCAAAGCCAUGCCUCCGGGAUUGUUAGAGCUAUACGACCACAUGAUGACCAGGAUUGAGAGCGUGAAGAGGAUAAAGCCUCAAGAUUGCAAGAAAGUUCUGAUAUGCGCCGUUCUUGCGUUCCGUCCCAUCUCUCUCUCUGAGUUGGCCGCUCUGUCUGACAUGUCACACAACAUGACUAUGACGGCUAUUGAGUUAUGCGGCUCAUUUCUGGCAAUGAGAGAGGAAACAGUGUACCUGAUCCACCAGUCUGCCAAGGAUUAUUUAUAUGACAACUUCAAUCGCCGGCUUCAAUCGUCCGAAACUGCCCAAGGGCAUGUAGACAUGGGCAGACGCUCAAUUGGCGCAAUGACUAAGUUUCUGAAACAAAACAUGUAUGGCCUCGAUUACGGUUUCACACCGAAAAACCUCGAACCCCCACAGUGGGAUCGUGUGGCUUCGAUAUGGUAUUCCUGUCUUUUCUGGGCCGACCAUUUCGUCGCCGGAACUAGCGAAAACCCCGAGGGCAAGAGCGCGUUGGUGGAUGAUGGGGAAGUAAUUGGAUUUCUGAGAGAGAAACUCCUGCAAUGGCUGGAAUAUCUAUCCGUACUGGAAAGGCUCUCGGAUGGGCUAUACUCGAUUAGAAAACUUCUACGGAUUACUCAGAAAUCCUCUCAGUUGGCUCGAUUCCUAAAUGACAUCGAAGCAUUUAUCCAAAGUCACGGGUCAAUCAUAGAACGAGCUCCGCUCCAGAUAUAUGCAUCCGCACUGGUUUUCAGCCCAACGACAAGUGAGACGGUAGCAGGAACCAUAACCCAUUGGGAUACGAACCGCCAGACACUCGAGGGACAUGGUUACUGGGUUAGAUCUGUGGCCUUCUCUCCUGACGGUAAGACGCUAGCCUCAGCGUCAGACGACAAGACUAUCCGAUUGUGGGAUGCAGCCACGGGAAGCUACCAACAGACGCUCGAUGGACAUUCUAAGGGUGUAAUAUUGCUAACUUUCUCGCCCGAUGGCAGAAAAUUAGCUUCAGCAUCAGAUGAUACCACAAUCCGGCUCUGGGACGUAGCAACAUGGAGCCACCAAACCUUCAGGGGACAUAGCCAUUGGGUCAAAUCCAUGGCCUUCUCUCCUAACGGCAAGAUGCUAGCCUCAGCAUCAGACGACAAGACUAUCCAACUCUGGGACGCGGCUACAGGAGGCCACAAAAUAUUUAAGAAGGAUAGUGAUUAUCUUAUCUUGUCUCUAGCUUUCUCACCCGACGGUAAAACGUUGGCCUCAGCAUCAGACGAUAAGUCUAUUCGACUCUGGGAUAUAACGACAGGGAGCCAUCAUACUCUCCAAGGACAUGACAAUCUUGUAAGGUCUGUCGCUUUUUCGCCCGAUGGAGGCCACGAAACGCUCAAGGGGCACGAUGACGGGGUUAAUUCUGUGGGUUUUUCACCCGAUGGCAAACUGUUGGCCUCAGCAUCAGACGACGAAACUAUCCGGCUCUGGGAUAUAACUGAAAAGACUUGUCUGCAUACGCUUGAGGGGCAUAGCAAUUGCGUUAGAUCCGUAGCCUUCUCUCCUAACGGCAAGAUUCUAGCCUCUGCAUCAGACGAUAAUACUAUCCGGCUCUGGGAUACAGCCACGGGAAAUCACCUACACACAUUUGAAGGAUAUACGGUUGUGGCUGUGGGAUUUUCGCCCGACGGCAGAUACCUUAUGACGAAUUACGGAUCGCUCCGGUUAGCACACAUAUCCACCUUAUCCGAGCACUUUUCUACUGAGGAUGGCAAGAAAAGCCUCUGGCUUCCUGCUGACUACAGAUCUACUUCAGUAGCAGUAGAUGGAAAUAAGAUGGUACUGGGACAUGAAUCCGGCAGGUUAACGUUCUUGGAAGUAAAUUUUUCAUGA